AUGGGGUCAGACCCUGCUGUAGAUGUACCAGCGGAGGAGAUGGUGACUGGGCUGACCACACUGACCGGGUCCGGACAGUCAGAAGAAAAACGAGUGACCUUGCAAAUUGAACCUCGGGCUGUGUUUGAGGGAGACACUCUGACUCUGAGUUGUCUUGUCCGCUAUGGUUAUAAACCAGACAGGAUUGAAUUUUACAAAGAUAAUAUAGUUUUACAGUCCCAGGCCGGCAAAGUGCUACGUAUGGAUCAUGUUCCAAAGAGGGACGAGGGGUCCUACAAGUGCAGAGUGUGGUGGAGAUCCAUUUACUUUCUUGACUCCGCAGAGGUGUGGGUAUCAGUGAGAGAGCUGUUUAGCAAACCCACUCUGACAUUCACCCUUGUCAGUCCAGUAUGGGAGGGAGACGCUGUGACUCUGCAGUGUGCGGCUCAGAUAUAUAAACAGGGCACACAGCUGCAGUACCGCUACAGCAAAGAGGGGACGGAUCUGAGAGGAUCUGGAUCACACGAUCAGCACUCCAUCCCAGCAGCAGGGCUGAGAGACACAGGGAAAUACCAGUGUGAGGUAGAGGCAGCAGGGACCGGGCUUGUGAAGAAAACUAGUGAUCCUGUGUCACUGACGGUGAGAGAGCUGUUUAGCAAACCCACUCUGAUAUUCUCCCCUGUGAGUCCAGUAUGGGAGGGAGAGGCUGUGACUCUGCAGUGUGCGGCUCAGAUAUAUAAACAGGGCACACAGCUGCAGUACCGCUACAGCAAAGAGGGGACGGAUCUGAGAGGAUCUGGAUCACAGGAUCAGCACUCCAUCCCAGCAGCAGGGCUGAGAGACACAGGGAGAUACCAGUGUGAGGUAGAGGCAGCAGGGACCGGGCUUGUGAAGAAAACUAGUGAUCAUGUGUCACUGACAGUGAGAGAUGGACAGCCAAAGCCAGCACUGUCCCAAAAGCCUGAUGGAGAGAUAUGUGAAGGAGACCCCGUCACCCUGAGCUGUGUGGUUGAGGGGGGUUUUGGUGGCUGGAGAUAUCUCUGGUACAGAGACAGGCAGGGAGCUCCAGUGUACCAGAGGGACAGCAGCAGUGGAGCUGGAUACACAAUCAGUGCUGCUGCUCUGUCCCACAGUGGAGAGUACUGGUGUCGAGCUGAAAGAGAGAGGACGUCAUUGCACUCCCAGUACAGCGACCCCAUCAGGGUGAAUGUAACUGCUCUGUUCUCCAGGGUGACUCUGACAGCAACUCCAGGAGUCACUGUGAAGGAGGGAGAGCCUCUUAACCUGACCUGUGAGGCAGCAGUGAACAAGCCCACCCACCCUCAACUGCACUACAGCAUUAUGAGAGACGGGGAGCCUGUGACUAACAGCACUGACUCUGCACUGUACAGCAUAGCCAGCACUGAGAAGAGCCACACUGGGAGCUACAAGUGUGCUGUGGAGUCACAGGGAGUGAGGAAGAGCAGCCAGGAGUUACACAUUGAAGUGCAAAACCUUCCGAGUGAGAGGCUUGAAAAGUGUAAGGGAGCCUUUGGUUGA